UGAGUGAGAUGACAGUCCACAGUCUUGGCAAUCUGAAUUACAGUUUCAAAUAAAUUCUCUGAUCUAUUCUCUGGGAUUCCAUUAAUAAGUAUAUUGUUCUCCCGUACAUGAAGUUCGACAGAGCUUAGCCGGUUCGUUAGAUCAGUGACAGUAGAUUUUAACCUCUCAUUAUCUUUUUUAAAAUGGACGAUGUCAAUAUUCUUUUGUUCUAGCGAUGAUUUUAUGUCUUUAAAUUGUCGAUUCAGGCUGAUUGUGUCUUGGAACUCGGCUACCUUUUCAGUGAGAUUGUUAAGUUAACAAGCCUACAACAUGUAUAGAACAUGAGAUCAUAUACCUACAUGUUGAUAACUAAUAGGUGACAAACAAUUUCAUCAGACAAGUUUCAUACAAAUAUUGUCUACCACAAGUUUUAUGUUUUAGUAUUUUGAAAACAUUGCAUACAACUUGUAUUUGUAAUUUGCAUGAAACUUGUCAAAUACGUGUAUAAUACUUUGGUGUAAACGAGGGGUUAGAGUAAAAGUGUUCUGUGGUGCGAGAGUCCCACUAUAAUAUAUUCUAAGCCCACUGUAAACAAAAAAUAAAUUACAAUAUUUAUAUUAGUAGGAACAAACGUAGUGAUUAUAUUCUCUUUGGUAGGAACGCAGUGUUAAAAUUAUCUUGGACUUUUGGCGGGAACCUCAAUUGGCGGGGCUUACAAAAAAUUUUGAAUUUAAAUUUUAUUUUAAUAAUUCAAGUAUUUCUCAUUGCUAAAGUAGUAAACUAUUAAAAAUAAUUAAUAAUAUAGUGAGUGGUUGCUGAGAUGGAGGGAAAUGAGGGGAGCGGGGAUAACCCGCCCACCUCACUGAAACGUCGUCGGUCCGAGGACAACCAAAUAAAAAAUGUUGAUGGUCAUGGUGGAGGCAUGGUGGAACAUUUCUGAUUGACAGACUCGUGCUGGCUAGUGAAAUCAGUGACUCCAAAAUUUUAUGUGAUUCUUCAUCCCGCCCGCCUCCACUUGAUUAAUUAUUAAGAGACAAAAGAAGUUAUAAACCAUUAUAUAAAUAUAUUAAGAAUACAAUUCUAACAAUAUAAAAUAAAGUGAAGUGAUAAGUGAACUGUGAAAUAAAAAGUACACAUAUUUAGAUAAUAAAAAAAGACUUGACUUAAAGGUCUUAGUUACCAGGUCAUAAAAUCCCAAAAAAAAAGAAAAUCUCUUUGAUUACUAGUACAAUUUUUGACGUAUUGGUUAUAAUAAUAUCCUCUUUGGUACAACACAAGAUUAAUAAACGAAAUAUAUUGUGUUCAAAUGCAGCUGAUCGGCAACAAAAUAUAGAUUGAAUAACAUAAAAUAAUUAUUAGUCAACAGAACGGGAGUCCUAAAAAUGAAUAAUACAAAUAAACCGGCAACUCUAUCAAGUGACUUACGAAGUUUUAUUUAUGGUGUAUCAAGGAGAACCUUUCAAAAUGCACCAGACUUAACUAAAACUGGAAUUAACUUGCUUAAAACAUUUCCUGCAGCAAGAGAUGCAGUUUUAGAGUACUUUGCUAUGGUAUUCCAUGAUGCUGUAAAUAUAUCAUUAAAUCAACCUGAUUACGAUACAGAUUCGGCGAGCAAUUUAACUUUAGAGGCUGUGAACAUGAUUGGUCCAGAGCUGUGUGCUAUGGGCGAAACCUGGGCGCCCUUUAUAGCACCUUGGUGUACUAAAUUAAUAAUGGACAUAGCCACGGACAAAGCCAAUUUACCUAAUUCAACAUUACAAAACACAGAACCUGUUCGGAUACUUCUUGACAUAACAACCCAGAAUUUGAUGUUCCUAAACACUGACGAGAGAGCAAAAUGUAUUGACAUGAUGUUGGGGUGCCGCGCGUGCUCGUGGGCCGUGGGCCGCGUGGGUCGCGCUCAGCCCGCGCUGGUGGCCCCGCGAGCGCUGGCCUUGGGUGCGGACGCGGCGCGGCCCGUGCUGGCCCACCUGGGCGCCCACCCGCCGGCCCUGCUGCAUGUGCGGGCAGCCUUGCUCGACUUGUUCCAGGAAGCCAUCAAAGAAGAUCUAAAAUCGGACAAGAAGCGAGAUGUAAUUCCAUACUUAUUGAACCUUGCCUCCAAAUCUGAUAUUGUUUUAAAAGCUCUCAUACAGGAUAUUGAAAAAACACUGACAGACGACGUGAUGGACCGCUUGUUCUCGCUGUGCGCGGCUCACCGACACAGCAGCGCCUGGGAGGGAGUGGGCCCCGCCUCUGUCGUGGCUCUGUUGGUGAGGGCAGACGUGCACUGCUUCAUGAUGCUGUUGAGGCAGGCGCAGCGGAAUGUGUUCUGCAGACAUCUGUUGGAAUACCUCUUACAAAAAUUGGAGUAUGAAGUAAUGUUUCCGGAGCGAUCGAUUCCUUUGCUCUCCAGUACUGCAGAAGAGAUUGGUAUUGUGAGAGAGAAACUACUCGAGGGCAACCAGUUGGAACAAUAUUCCACAGCCAGGAUUAUCAUACUUGUUUGUUAUAAUCAACCAUCAGAAUUCGUUAGCACACUUAGCUAUCUCCUUCAGUAUUCCAGAAACGAUACAACAUUAGCGCUCUUGGUGCGAAUAAUAUCAGGUACAAUAACAAUGCACACGCCAAAUGACUCGCCAGAUGUGAACAUUGACACUGACCGAUACCAGGGCUUUAUUAAUACUGGAGUAGAGUACGCCCUCCGAGACGCCAUGUUGUGUGACGAACAGAUCAAGAAGUGUUUCAUUGAUAACAACGUGCCAGAGGAUCAGAAGACCUAUGUCCAUCAUUAUUGUCUCAAUAUUGUUAAAUUGCUCAGGUGGGAAAACUCAAAGCGAGUUGCAGCCUUACGAACUCGUAGCAUCAGCCGUGCGGUCGAAGCCAACUUGUACCGGACGGGCGCAGCACUCCAGCAGUACUCGUCGUUGCUGCGCCCGCGUGUCCCGUGCUCCAUGUCCACUCUGCCGGAGAUGGACACUUGUCAUGCCAUAGCACAGGUGCUCGACAGAGUUGACCUGUCCGGGACUAAGUCACCACCACCAAGUGUGGAAGUUAUUCUCAAAAUUGUCCACGCUGUUGUUCAGUAUUUCUUCAGAUGCUUACAUGAAACAGAUAUUAUGUCAAAACUCCGCGGUGUACAAACAGCGAGUCGUUUGCUUCGCAAGUUAUGCCUGCAUAGUAAACUAGCCCGGGCCGUGGCAUUGCGUCAACUGCUAGAGACUGCAAUGUUCAGGGAAGACAAGAUAUUUGGCAGUAAGCCCGUUAUACCGAACCUACUGGCCACUGCGAGAGAGUGGGAGGAUGACGAUCUCCUUAUUACUAUGAAUCAGAAGCAUGGACCUAUAACUCAAUUAACGCAAAGUCAUACGUCUGUGUUCCACGCGGGAAUCAUUGGCAAAGGUGUUCGCAGAAACAGCAGCGAAGACGAUAACGGCAUACCGCCGAUACUCACACCCAAUAACGAGCUAUUGAUGGGGGCACUUAUGUCAUGUAUGGAUGGUAACAAUGGUAUAGUGGAAGGCGCAACAUCGAUAUCAUUAUUGCUUGUUGAGCUCGUGUCCCCAGACGUUAUGUAUAAUGGAUUACCUUGGCCGGACGAAGACUUUACAAAGGUGAGCAUCGAGCGCGAGCUGUAUAUGCGUGGCGCGGCGGAGCGCUGCUCCGUGGUGCGCGCAGCGCUGCGGCGGGCGGCGGCCGCGCGGCCCGCGCUGUGCGUGGCGUCGGCGCUGCUGCGGGCCACGGCCGCCACGCUGCUGCACCGCCUGCGGGCGCACCUGGAUCGCCACACCCAGUCCCCGGAGCUAGUCCGCGAGUUGUCCGCGCUCUCGGAGCUGCUCUCCACAAUGGUGCUGGGUCAGCUACUGCCACAUCCUCUGUGCCACAUGCUGCAACUGGCGCCGGAGCUCACCGCCAGUGAGUUGGUGCAAGUGCUGCGAGACUGUCUGUGGAACUACACCAGAGACAACGUGCCGUCGCCGGCGCUUUUCCCGUGUGACGCCACAGGUCUUCGCUGGCGAGACCCCUCAACAUGCAAGCCGUCUCCCACAUACACGGAUACACUUCGCAUUAUCCUACAAAAAAAGAUAUCCAAACUCGGGCACAUGUAUCCAAUUAUGUUCCUCAAUCUCGAAAAAGACUCUUAGUUAUUGUAAAUAUUGUAAAAAAUAAUAUAAGAAUAAUUAAAGA